GUCAUGAAACAAUCAACAAAAGUCGGCAUAUUCUCUACAGAUAUAGUACUUUUCUUGAAUUUUUUCUGCAAUAUAAUAAUCAGCAGACACAUCAUGGCUAGAUAUUUGACCGCCAUUCUUGCCAAGCAAAUUAUGCAUCGAUCUACAUCAGCAGCAAACAGAACAACCUCGAGAUGUUCAAGUGUGCCGAAAGGUUUCUUGUCAGUUUAUGUUGGUGAGAUAGAGAAGAAACGAUAUGUAGUUCCCGUGUCCUAUCUGAGAGAGCCUUCAUUUCAAGAUUUAUUAAGUAAAGCAGAAGAGGAGUUUGGAUUUAAUCAUCCAACGGGUGGUUUGACAAUUCCUUGCACAGUAGAUACUUUCAUUAAUCUCACUUCUAAUUUAUAAUAGAAUAGGCAAUCUAACUAACCACAAGAAACAAUUUUGUAUAGAUAGAAAUCCUAGUCAAUGAAAGUAUUUCUUCGGCUAAAUGAGAAGGAUAUUGUACAAAAAUAUUACUGAAUUUUCUUCUACUUCUCACAUCUCAUUCUUGGAUAAAUGCCUAUUUUUCAU